AUGGGUGCUACUCUUCCUCCCAAAGAGGCUAACCUCUUCAAACUCAUUGUGAAAUCCUAUGAAACCAAACAAUACAAAAAGGGUCUCAAAGCAGCCGAUGCCAUUUUGAAAAAAUAUCCAGAUCAUGGAGAAACUUUAUCGAUGAAGGGUUUGACAUUAAAUUGCAUGGAUCGUAAAUCUGAAGCAUAUGAACUGGUUCGCCAAGGAUUGAAGAAUGACCUUAAGAGUCAUGUUUGCUGGCAUGUUUAUGGUCUUCUCUAUCGGUCGGACAGAGAAUACAGGGAAGCAAUCAAGUGCUAUCGAAAUGCACUAAGGAUAGAUCCUGACAAUAUUGAAAUCUUACGCGACCUAUCUCUCUUACAGGCUCAAAUGCGAGAUUUAGCUGGUUUUGUUGAGACGAGGCAACAACUUCUGACUCUCAAGUCAAAUCAUCGCAUGAACUGGAUUGGCUUUGCUGUUUCACAUCAUUUGAACUCUAAUGCAUCAAAGGCUAUUGAAAUUCUGGAAGCAUAUGAAGGGACAUUAGAAGAUGAUUAUCCUCCAGAAAAUGAACGGAUUGAGCAUGGCGAAAUGCUUUUAUAUAAGGUCUCAUUGUUAGAGGAAUGUGGAUUUUUUGAGAGAGCUUUUGAGGAAUUGCAGAAGAAGGAGUCAAAAAUUAUUGAUAAGCUUGGAUAUAAAGAACAAGAGGUUUCACUGUUAGUCAAGCUUGGUCGCUUAGAAGAAGCCGAGAAAUUGUACCAGACACUGCUUUCCAUGAAUCCGGACAAUUAUAGAUAUUAUGAAGGCCUUCAACAAUGUGUAGGAUUAUAUUCAGCAAAUGGCCAUUUUUCUCCUGAUGAAAUAGAUCGGUUAGAUGCCUUGUACAAAACACUUGGGCAGCAAUUUAAGUGGUCAUCUGCUGUUAAGAGAAUACCACUAGAUUUUCUUCAAGGUGAUAGGUUUCGAGAAGCAGCAGAUAGUUAUAUUAGACCUCUUCUAACUAAGGGAGUUCCAUCUUUAUUCUCGGAUCUUUCUUCAUUAUACAGUCACCCUGGGAAGGCAGACAUUUUGGAACAACUUAUUCUUGAGUUAGAGAAUUCUAUUAGGCUGACUGGACAAUACCCUGGGAGAGUGGAAAAAGAGCCACCAUCAACUUUUAUGUGGACUUUGUUCUUGUUGGCUCAGCAUUAUGACAGGCGGGGUCAAUAUGAAAUCGCACUUUCUAAAAUUAAUGAGGCUAUAGAACAUACACCUACUGUCAUUGAUCUAUACUCUGCAAAGAGUCGGAUACUGAAGCAUGCUGGUGAUUUGGCUGCUGCUGCUGCAUUGGCAGAUGAAGCUAGGUGUAUGGAUCUCGGCGAUCGUUAUGUUAAUAGUGAUUGUGUGAAGCGCAUGCUGCAGGCUGAUCAGAUGGUUUUGGCAGAAAAAACUGCCGUGCUAUUCACAAAAGAUGGGGAUCAACACAACAACCUCCAUGACAUGCAGUGCAUGUGGUACGAGCUUGCCUCUGCUGAAAGCUACUUCCGCCAAGGGGAUCUUGGACUGUCUCUCAAAAAAUUCUUAGCAGUGGAGAAGCAUUAUGCAGAUAUUACUGAAGACCAAUUUGAUUUUCAUUCAUACUGCUUAAGGAAAAUGACAUUGCGUACGUAUGUGGAAAUGCUUCAAUUUCAAGACAGAUUGCAUUCACAUGCAUAUUUUCGUAAAGCGGCUGCUGGAGCUAUCAGAUGUUAUAUAAAAUUGCACGACUCUCCUCCAAAGUCAACUGAUGAGGAGGAUAGUGAAAUGUCUAAGUUGCUUCCUGCUCAGAAAAAGAAACUGAGGCAAAAACAGAGAAAGGCAGAAGCAAGAGCAAAAAAAGAAGCAGAAGAGAAAAAUGAAGACUCAAGUGCUAGUGGGAUAUCAAAGUCGGGGAAACGUCAUACAAAACCUGUAGAUCCUGAUCCUCGUGGUGAAAAGUUGUUGCAGGUUGAAGAUCCAUUGUUGGAAGCCACAAAAUACUUGAAAUUGCUGCAGAAGAAUUCACCUGAUUCUUUGGAGACACACUUGCUCUCCUUUGAAUUAUACAUGAGAAAACAGAAGAUUUUGCUAGCCUUCCAGGCUGUAAAGCAAUUACUGAGGUUGGAUGCUGAACACCCUGAUUCUCAUCGUUGCUUGAUUAAAUUCUUCCAUAAAGUGGGUUCCAUGAAUACUCCCGUGACUGAUGGUGAGAAACUCGUUUGGAGUGUUUUAGAAGCUGAGCGCCAAACUAUAAGUCAGCUGCAUGGAAAAUCUUUGCUUGAGGCAAAUAAUCUUUUCCUUGAAAAACAUGAAGGUUCUUUGAUGCAUAGAGCUGCUGUUGGUGAAAUGGUGUACAUUUUAGAUCCCAAUAGAAGAUCUGAGGCUGUCAAGUUGAUUGAAGGGUCAACAAAUAACCUUGUGUCAAGAAAUGGCGCACUUGGACCAAUCCCAGAAUGGAGACUUAAAGACUGUAUUGCAGUUCAUAAACUUCUUGGAUCAGUUCUUGAGGAUCAGGAUGCUGCAUUGAGAUGGAAAGUGCGCUGUGCCGAGUUUUUCCCAUACUCCACAUACUUUGAGGGUAGUCAAAGCUCUGCCACACCCAACUCUGCUCUCAGUCAAAUAUGCAAGACUGCCGUAAAUGGCACUUCUAGCCAUUCACUGGGCGAUCACGUGGAACAUGUUGCAUCAAACGGCAAACUUGACACAUUUAAAGAUCUCACUAUCUGA